AAUCUCAAGACGAGUCCCUCUCGUAACUCGUAAGUUACCGCUACGUUCGUGUUCAGUGGGCGGGGAAUUGAUAGAAUCUUAUGUUUACAAAAAUUUCAUAAAGAAAUUAUUACGCCAAGUGACGAAUUGAUCGAUUUCGAAGAUGAUACGUUUCAUCCUUAUACAAAAUAGAGCGGGUAAGACUAGAUUAGCAAAAUGGUACAUGAAUUUCGAUGAUGAUGAAAAACAAAAGUUAAUAGAAGAAGUUCAUGCAGUUGUUACUGUCAGAGAUGCAAAACACACAAACUUUGUUGAAUUUCGCAAUUUCAAGAUAGUGUAUAGGCGGUAUGCAGGUUUAUAUUUCUGUAUUUGCGUCGAUGUUAAUGAUAAUAAUCUCUGUUACUUGGAAGCGAUUCAUAAUUUUGUAGAGGUGUUAAACGAAUACUUUCAUAAUGUAUGCGAAUUGGAUUUAGUCUUUAAUUUUUACAAGGUGUACACUGUUGUGGACGAGAUGUUUUUAGCUGGUGAAAUCAGAGAGACGAGUCAAACCAAAGUACUGAAACAACUCUUGAUGUUAAAUUCUUUAGAAUAAACAGACUCAUUUUUAGCUUUAUAUGUUAACAAAUGCUUCAUCUGAAUAUGUGUAAUAUAUCCAAAAUGGAUGUACAUUCAUAAUAUGUAGAUUAUUGCUUAAAACACAUACAUAAACCCUCUAUGUAAUGAUAUCAUUCAGAUGAGUUUCAAUAAUUAUGUUUCGUAUAAAGAAGGUAAUGAAAUACAAUAAUCUCUACUUGAAGUUUAUAAUUUAGGAAAAAAAGAUCAAUGCUCAAAACUUGACAAACUAUUGUAGGCAUGAAAGAACAAGUAGAAAGAAUUAUAUAAAAUAUAUCCUCUGUGUUUUAAGUAUGUAAUAAAUCUUGUAAAUAUGUGA